AUAACAAACCAAAAGCUCUCCACUUGUUGACACGCAACACCAAAUUCCCCAAAACCAAGUUUCUAAACAUUCCAUCGUCCAAUUGUGAGGAUAUCAAGAAAAUUUUGCAGAGUAAAAAUGGGUGAUCAAAAGUCAUCGUCAUCAACAUCCAUCGUAAGAGAUAGAGAUAGAGAUCGUGAGCUUCUUAUUCCAAUCCAUGAUGAUGAACAACAACAACUAUCAUCUCCUAAACCUUCUUCAUUCUCUCAUCACACUGGCCAUGAGACCUUCUCGAAGGUUCUUCGGAGCUGGGCUUCUAAAAAGUUCAUGACUGGAUGUGUCAUCCUAUUACCGUUAGCUAUUACUUUCUACAUAACGUGGUGGUUUAUACAUUUUGUGGACGGUUUCUUCUCUCCUAUCUAUGCUCAACUUGGCAUAAAUAUAUUCGGUCUCGGGUUUGUAACUUCUGUCACAUUCAUAUUUGUGGUGGGUAUCUUCAUGUCAUCAUGGCUGGGUGCGUCCGUUCUAAGCCUUGGAGAGUGGUUCAUUAAACGCAUGCCAUUUGUUCGUCAUAUCUAUGAUGCCUCUAAGCAGAUUAGUGCUGCCAUAUCUCCAGAUCAGAAUAAUCGAGCCUUCAAGGAAGUUGUCAUUAUUAGGCAUCCUCGUGCUGGUGAAUAUGCAUUUGGGUUCAUCACUUCAUCUUUCACUCUUCAGAGUUAUUCAGGUGAAGAAGAGCUGUACUCGGUAUAUGUCCCAACAAAUCAUCUUUAUAUUGGUGAUAUAUUCUUGGUGAAUUCAAAAGAUGUUGUCAGACCAAACUUAUCGGUUCGUGAAGGAAUAGAAAUUGUGGUAUCUGGUGGCAUGUCGAUGCCUCAAAUACUAACGACAUUUGACUCUGGACUUAACCGGCAUGGACCCAGAAAUAAUAGAAGCUGAGGUUGAUGUGAAUAUAAGUCAAAAUUAACUUAUUCUAUUCUUGGUAUCAAUUACAGAAUCUUUAGAUAAGCAUUCAGAAAAGUAGUGUUUUAGCCUUUCAAAAAAAAAAAAAAGAGUAGUGUUUUAUGGUAAAGUUCAUGUUUGUAGUAGUAAAGCUGGUUUUGGUUGUUUCAUUUGGCGUUAUGGGUUUAGAAUAGAAUGGUAUAUCGAAUGUUUGGAUGCGAUAA